AAUUUGAGGGGGGAUGUAAGAAGUACAAAUUUAUUUUAGGUAUCCAGCUCAGGAAAAGUGAAGACUGGAGACUAAUCCUAUCAUAUGGUUUGACAGCAAUAAUAACGGUAUUACCCAUAAGAAGGACCGGAGAAGUCAAAACCCAUGUUUAGUUCACGAACCAUAUUUUAGAUCAUGAUUAUGAAAUUCCCUUAUCCAUGGUGUGUUUUCAAACAUGAGUAGUAGUUUUCUUUUUCUUGCGUUUAAAUGAGUUUUGUUUUAACAUACCAUUUAUUAUAGAACGUUCAAAGAUGGCAGAGUAGUGCUCCCUGCAACUACGAGAGUGACCUUCACGAUGAGAUUGAGAUAGAUAAUAGAUGACGAACAUAAGCCCAAUCUCACAAACCAUUCUCCCUCUCUCAAUUGUUUCCAUAUUUGUAGUAUAAUAUCUUUGAAUUGCGGAUCACCCUCCGACCCUCUUUCUCUCUCUUUGUGCCUUCUUGGCCACUUUCCUUGCGUUGCUCAUUUUUCUUCUCAUAUUCCAAUUAGCCUUUUUCUUUCUUUCUUUCUGAGUCUUUGUUGCAGAGUAGCACCCAAAGUUGUUGAAGGUGGUUUUAACAUACGCAAGACAGAACGCAGUGUAGUUGUUGUUGGCGUUGGUGCCAGUACAACACUGCCGUAUACAGUAUACUUAUAACUGCGUUGAUGUCUUUGGCCAUUGGAGUGGCUUCAAAAAGCAGCAUGGGUUUUGAGGACAAGAGCAACGGCGAUGCAACUACCCCUGACACGCACCACCACUCCGGCAAAGGUGCCACCACUGACGAUGAAAGCGGCGAUGAACGAGGCCAGAGUCUCAGUAGGUACAAGAGUGAGAGCUCGGUUGCUCUCACUGAGGACGAAGAAGAUGACGACGACAGGGAGAUUGAGUUGGGCCCUCAGUGCACCUUGAAAGAGCAGCUCGAGAAGGACAAGGAUGACGAGAGCUUGAGGAGGUGGAAGGAACAGCUUCUUGGAAGCGUCGACAUGAAUUCUGUUGGAGAAACUUUGGAGCCCGAGGUGAAGAUCCUGAGCCUUGCAAUAAAGGUAGAUGGUAGACCUGACAUUGUUCUUCCAAUACCAGAAACAGGAAAUCCCAAUGGUUCGUGGUUUACUUUGAAAGAAGGUAGCCAUUACAGGCUCAUGUUCACUUUCCAGGUUAGCCAUAACAUAGUUUCAGGUCUCAAAUACACCAACACUGUGUGGAAAACUGGUAUCAAGGUGGACAGUACCAAAGAGAUGAUUGGAACAUUUAGCCCACAAGCAGAGCCUUACACGCAUGAGAUGCCAGAAGAGACAACACCAUCUGGGAUAUUUGCUAGAGGGUCAUACUCUGCCAAAACUAAGUUUGUUGAUGAUGACAACAAGUCAUACUUGGAUAUCACCUACACUUUUGAUAUUCGAAAGGACUGGCAAUAGGUUUCAACUGAAGUCUCCAUCAGUGAUGUUUAAUCCUUAGUCAUUGUUAUUUGAGCUGAAAUCUCCUUCAGUGUUCACUUGUUCCUUUUCCAUUUGUUUACUAUUUAUUUAUAAUCCUGUCUGAGACCAGUAAUCUUAACAAUGAUUAGAGGAUUUGUAGGUAGAAAGUUAUAUGCUUCUCUAGUUGAUCAUUUUGUCGAUAAAUUCGAGUAUGCCCUCUUUGGUUGCACAAAUAUGCUCGCUC